AGGCAGGUGCCCGACAUGGCGAGUGCUGUGCUGCCGAGCGGAUCCCAGUGUGCGGCGGCAGCGGCUGUGGCGGCGGCGGCGGCGGCGGCGCCUCCCGGGCUCCGGCUCCGGCUCCUGCUGUUGCUCCUCUCAGCCGCGGCACUGAUCCCCACAGGUGAUGGACAGAAUCUGUUUACUAAAGAUGUGACAGUGAUCGAGGGAGAAGUUGCAACCAUCAGCUGCCAAGUCAAUAAGAGUGAUGACUCCGUGAUUCAACUACUGAACCCCAACAGGCAGACCAUUUACUUCAGGGACUUUAGGCCUUUGAAGGACAGCAGGUUUCAGCUGCUGAAUUUUUCUAGCAGUGAACUCAAAGUGUCACUGACAAACGUCUCCAUUUCGGAUGAAGGCAGAUACUUCUGCCAGCUCUACACCGACCCCCCACAGGAGAGUUACACCACCAUCACAGUCCUGGUUCCUCCACGUAACUUGAUGAUCGAUAUCCAGAAAGACACUGCAGUUGAAGGGGAGGAGAUUGAAGUCAACUGCACUGCCAUGGCCAGCAAGCCAGCCACGACCAUCAGAUGGUUCAAAGGGAACAAGGAACUCAAAGGCAAAUCGGAGGUGGAGGAGUGGUCGGACAUGUACACUGUGACGAGCCAGCUCCUGUUAAAGGUGCACAAGGACGACGAUGGGCUCCCAGUGAUCUGCCAGGUGGAGCACCCUGCCGUCACGGGAAACCUGCAGACCCAGCGCUAUCUGGAAGUGCAGUAUAAGCCGCAAGUGCAUAUCCAGAUGACAUACCCUCUACAAGGCCUAACCCGGGAAGGGGAUGCACUUGAGUUAACUUGUGAAGCCAUCGGGAAGCCCCAGCCUGUGAUGGUAUCUUGGGUGAGAGUCGAUGACGAAAUGCCUCAACAUGCCGUACUGUCUGGACCAAACCUGUUCAUCAAUAACCUAAACAAAACAGAUAACGGUACUUACCGCUGCGAGGCUUCCAACAUCGUGGGGAAAGCUCAUUCGGACUACAUGCUGUAUGUGUACGAUCCCCCCACAACUAUCCCUCCUCCCACAACAACCACCACCACUACCACCACCACCACCACCACCACCACCAUCCUUACCAUCAUCACAGACACAACGGCGACGACAGAACCGGCAGUUCACGGCCCUACUCAGUUGCCCAAUUCCGCAGAAGAACUGGACAGUGAGGACCUCUCAGAUUCUCGAGCAGGUGAAGAGGGCGCCAUCGGGACAGUGGACCACGCAGUGAUUGGCGGUGUCGUGGCUGUGGUGGUGUUUGCCAUGCUUUGCUUGCUCAUCAUUCUGGGCCGCUAUUUUGCCAGACAUAAAGGUACAUACUUCACUCAUGAAGCCAAAGGAGCCGACGACGCAGCAGACGCAGACACAGCUAUAAUCAAUGCAGAAGGAGGGCAGAACAACUCUGAAGAAAAGAAAGAGUACUUCAUCUAGAUCUGCCUUUUUGUUCCAAUGAGGUGUCCAACUGGCCUGUUUAGAUGAUAAAGAGACAGUGAUGCUGGAACUUGCGAGAAGCUCGUGUGGUUUUUUUUUUUUUUUUUUU